AGAGAGGAGUUCAUAACGGAUGAUGGUGGCCUAAUCUAUUUAGAUUGGUCAGAAGACCCAAAUAAUGAAGAAUACACAACUAAAGAUAAACCAACCGUUUUGAUUCUCCCUGGUCUUACAGGUAGUGAUAGCCACGUUAAUUACAUCAAACAACUGGUACAUCUGACAAACUUGCAAGGCUACAGGGCGGUAGUAUUUAACAAUCGCGGUCUUGGUGGAGCACAGUUACAGACUCCGCGUACAUUUUGUCCUCCUUUUUCAAAAGAUGUCGAAUUAGUUGUUAACCAUGUUAAAUUGAGGUGCUCAAAUGCCCCGCUAAUAGCUGCUGGUGUUUCAUUAGGAGGGAUUAUCCUACUAAAUUACCUAGCUAAAGAUCAAGCAUCCAAACCCAUUGUAGCAGCAUAUGUAUCUUCAGCAGGUUGGGACAUUGCUAAAUCGAUGGAUUCUUUAGAACAGCCGGUCAAUCAAAUAUUAUACAACCGCCAUUGUACACGUAGGUUGCAGAAAAUGUUUAAAAAAGAACAACAUUCAUUUAACUUAGACGAAGUCUAUAGGGCGAACUCAAUGAGGGAAAUUGACCAGCAUUAUAAGCUACCAGUCUUUGGAUUCUCUGACAUGGAGGAAUAUCAUAUGGCUGGAUCCCCUAGUAAAAAAUUAUCCAAUCUUACGAUACCAGUUUUAUGCAUUAAUUCAAAGGACGAUCCUUUUUCGCCUCAUGAUGCGAUUCCUGUUAAUAAAUGCAACGCAGAAACUCCUCUAGCAUUAGUAGUAACUAAGUAUGGUGGUCAUAUUGGGUUUAUGGAAGGACUAUUUCCAUUCGGUCCAACUUAUUCUGAUAAAAUUUUCGCUGAAUUUAUUAGUUCGGUUUUCAAGUAUCAACAUGAACUAUAG